AUGCCCGCCGCGUUGAAGUCGAUAUCGAAGCAGGCGCUGGCCAUGGCCAACGCGCGCUCCCGCACGAGCUUCGACGUCGAGAAGCUCACCAACCUCAUCUACGGCGGGGCGUCAGUCGUCCGCGCUCGGCGCGCGGCUUGGGCGAGGGUUGAGAAGGCGCUCGGGACGGAUGAUACAUCGCGUCUGCCGGGGCACUAUGCCAAGACGAGCCGCGAGGACCUAUACCUCGACGGCCUCCGCAUGGGCCGCGCCGUGUGGGAAGACCGCCGGACGCACAACCAUGCCCACUUCGACUGGCUCACGCCGCGCUACACGCUCUUCAACUACUCCCCCUUCGGCCUCUCGCCGGCCAUGUUCGUCAAGAUGCUGCAGCUGAUGGCGACGCCGGCGCAGCAGGCGCGCUGGCUCGCGCCCGCGCUCGCGGGGCGGAUUAACGGCGCGUAUGUGCAGACGGAGCUGGGCCACGGGACGUUUGUGCGCGGGCUCGAGACGGUGGCGGAGUUUGAUCCCGCGACGGACGAGUUUGUAAUAAGGUCGCCUGGGGGCGCGGCGAGUACCAAGUUCUGGCCGGGAUGA